AUGCUAAUUGUGACUAUUUAUGUUGAUGACAUAGUGUAUACAGGAAAUGAAAUAGAGAUGCUUAAGUGUUUUAAGGAAGAUAUGAUGAGGAAGUAUGAGAUGACAAAUUUGGGUUUAUUGCAUCACUUUCUUGGUAUGGGAGUAAUACAAACAACCUCAAGUAUUUUUGUGCAACAAAAGAAGUAUGCUUCUGCAUUGUUAAACAAAUUUGGCCUUACAACUUGCAAUCCAGUCCUUACACCUCUAAUUACAAAUGACAAGCUUAGCAAGGAUGAUGCAAGCUUGUUAGCAAGAUUUAUGCAUUGUCCUACUAAUAAAGACUUUGGUACAGCAAAAAGAGUACUAAGAUAUAUUAAAGGGACUUUAGACUAUGGUUUAGAGUAUGUAAAAGGAAAACAGCCUGUGUUAGUGGGAUAUUGUGACAGUGACUGGUGUGGAUCUGUGGAUGACAUGAGGAGUACAUCAGGGUAUGCUUUCAGCUUUGGAAGUGGGGUGUUUUCAUGGGCUUCAGUCAAGAAAAAUUAUGUUGCACUCUCUACAAUUGAGGCAGAAUACAUCAGUGCAUCUAAAGCAACUGCACAAGCAAUAUGGCUUCGGUUUGUACUUGAAGAUUUUGGUGAAAUGCAACUUUAA